CAAUUGGGAGACCGAUAUAGGAACACUGCAAAUACACACAUAGUACACACAUAGUACACACAUAGUAGACACAUAGUACACAUAUGGUACACACGCAGAUACACUGAGGGGGCCCGUCGUGGUCCUGCCGUCUCCGAACCCACGGUCGCGCUGUCGACGGCUGGGGAUAUAAAAGAUGCCCGAUGGUCGCCGUCUCCCUCUUCUUCUCCUCAGUCAACGAUACCCUACUACGUCUCCCAUCAAAGACAAGUAACUUGCAGCCAUGCUCUUCACGAUCACCCCCUUCAUCGCUCUUGCCGCCCUGGUGUCCAUCCCAGGAGCGUUCGCGGCGGCCAUCAAGAAGCCUUCCUUCAACAUCGUCGCCUUCGGUGACUCGCUCAGCGACAAUGGAAAUUCCUUCAACCUGAUCACAAACAAGACGAUGCCUCCAUCCCCAUACUACACCAAUGGCCGAUGGAGCAACGGCCCCGUCUGGGCCGAAUACCUCGCUCAGACCGCAAACGCCAACCUGGUCGACCUCGCCUUCGGCAUCUCCACAUCCAACACCGAUGUGAACCCAGCUAUCGAGCACGGUACCAGGUACCCCACCAUGCCCGGCUUCGUCCAGCAGGUCGACCAGUUCCUCUCGAGACGUUCCAAGGAUGCCAAGCCCAACAAGACCGUCGCCACGGUCUGGACAGGCGGGAACGACUACAUCCACGCCCCGGAGCUUGGUAAAACAGUCAACGCCGCAGAUGUCGUUGCGUUCACCAUGCAGGGAAUCAACAAGCUCAUCGACGCUGGUUACGACGACCUGAUCGUGUUCAACCUGCCCCCAUCAUCCUACGUCCCGUUCGCGGAACACAACCUCAGGCUGGGCGCUGCGCUGGCCACUCUGAAGUUGACCAAGCCCAAGGCGAAUGUCGUUGCCAUCGACAUGGUCGCCACCUUUGCCGCCAUUGCUGGUCAGUUGCUCGUGAAGAACCCGAAGACCGACCUUCAAGGCGGUUGUCUGGACCUCACCACCAUGACGAUCUGCCCGAAUGUGCAGGACUUUGCGCUUUGGGACGGUCUGCACCCCACCACGGCCACACACGCACUUAUUGCCGCUGACGUUGGCGCCGUGGCCAAGGUUGCCUUCCCCAAGUACUUCUAGUUCUAGAGAUCUUUUUGGGCCGUUUCCUCUGUUAGGCGUACGUGUGCUGCAUGCGAAAUAUUCCCGGCGUGCUUAGAUUUAGAGAGAUAGUUCUAUCCCCGCCAUUCUUUGGCCUUUUAGACAUGCAUUUUGGAAAGUCUUGGGACAUCAAUCAGUAUAAGGAGUUGAACAGGAAUCCUCGUUCUGGCUGUGUUGGAAGGAAGAACUCUUUCAUGGCAUGUGUCCAAUCUUCUGUACCAUAGGCAGCAGGA